CGUUGACCCCUCGCUCUCUCUUUCUCCUGGGCUGAUUCGGCUGCUGCCGCCGCCGGACGAACAGCAGCAGUAGCAGCAGCUGCUGCUGCGGGGCGCUCGGGGGAUCAUGGCCGCCUCGAAGCCCGUGGAGGCCAGCGGGGGCGGGAGUGGCUCGGGGAUGCCGCGCUGGCAGCUGGCCCUGGCGCUGGGAGCGCCGCUGCUGCUCGGGGCCGGAGCCCUGUACCUGUGGGGCCGGCGGAGGCGCGCCCCGCGGGGCGGAGGCAAAGGGGCGAGUGAGAGGAAGACCCCCGAGGGAAGGGCCAGCCCGGGGCCCGCCGACGGCUCAGGGGCCGGACACCCCGAUGGCCCCAGUGGGGACGAGAUGAGUCCUCUUGAUAGAGCCCAAGCAGCAAAGAACAAAGGCAACAAAUAUUUUAAAGCUGGGAAAUAUGAGCAAGCCAUUCAGUGCUAUACUGAAGCCAUCAGUUUAUGUCCGCCUGAGAAAAAUGCUGACCUUUCUACAUUUUAUCAGAACAGAGCUGCAGCAUAUGAGCAACUGCAAAAAUGGAAAGAGGUAGCACAAGACUGUACAAAGGCAGUUGAGCUAAAUCCCAGAUACAUAAAAGCCCUCUUCAGGCGUGCAAAGGCACAUGAGAAGCUAGACAAUAAGAAAGAAUGUUUAGAAGAUGUCACUGCAGUGUGCAUUUUAGAAGGCUUUCAAAAUCAGCAAAGUAUGUUGCUAGCUGAUAAAGUUCUUAAACUUCUUGGGAAAGAAAAGGCCAAAGAAAAAUAUAAGAACAGAGAACCUCUGAUGCCUUCACCACAAUUUAUCAAAUCAUACUUCAGCUCUUUCACGGAUGAUAUUAUCUCCCAACCACUUCUUAGGGGAGAGAAAUCUGAUGAAGAUAAAGAUAAAGAAGGAGAAGCCUCUGUCAUAAAAGAAAACUCUGGCUAUUUAAAGGCAAAGAAAUAUAUGGAAGAAGAAAACUAUGACAAAAUAAUUAGUGAGUGUACUAAAGAAAUUGAGGCUAAAGGAAAAUAUAUGGCAGAAGCUUUACUAUUAAGAGCUACGUUCUACCUGCUUAUUGGUAAUGCAAACGCUGCCAAACCUGAUCUGAAUCAGGUUAUUGGUAUGGAAGAUGCCAAUGUAAAGCUUCGUGCUAAUGCUCUCAUCAAGCGAGGCAGUAUGUAUAUGCAACAACAACAACCUCUGCUCUCCACCCAAGAUUUUAAUAUGGCUGCCGAUAUUGAUCCUCAGAAUGCAGAUGUAUACCAUCACAGAGGGCAGCUAAAAAUUCUGCUUGACCAAGUUGAAGAUGCUGUAGAAGAUUUUGAUGAAUGUAUCCGUUUGCGGCCAGAUUCUGCCUUGGCACAAGCACAGAAAUGCUUUGCAUUGUAUCGUCAAGCCUAUACUGGAAAUAACGCUUUACAAGUACAGUCGGCAAUGAAAGGCUUCGAAGACGUUAUUAAAAAAUUCCCGAGGUGUGCUGAAGGCUAUGCACUAUAUGCCCAGGCAUUAACAGAUCAGCAGCAAUUUGGCAAAGCUGAUGAAAUGUACGAUAAAUGUAUUGAUCUUGAGCCAGAUAAUGCUACUACUUAUGUUCAUAAAGGUUUACUUCAACUUCAGUGGAAGCAGGAUUUAGAUAAAGGUUUGGAACUUAUAAGCAAAGCCAUUGAAAUUGAUAACAAAUGUGACUUUGCAUAUGAAACUAUGGGGACAAUUGAAGUGCAAAGAGGCAAUCUGGAUAAAGCCAUUGAAAUGUUCAAUAAAGCUAUUAACCUAGCCAAAUCUGAGAUGGAAAUGGCUCACCUCUACUCACUCUGUGAUGCUGCCUAUGCCCAGACAGAAGUUGCAAAGAAAUAUGGAUUGAAACCACCAACAUUGUAAAGAAAGAAUUGGAGGGAAAUGACCUUUUUAAAAGUAAAGCUGCCCCCUUCGACCUAGUCCUAAAGACACUGUUGCAGUGUGUUGAAUGGUGGAAGUUAAUCUGGGGGUGGUUUUUUGGGAUUUUUUAUUUUUUUUGGUCCAUGGUGUUGUAAUUAUCUGUUAAAUGUUUAGGUGUUGCUGGAGUGGCUGUCCAACAGAGUAAGCAGUUUGUUCCCCCUGCAGCAAAUAAUUGUUAGAGGGAGGUUAAAAGAGUUGCAAGGGGAUCAAAUAUUAUUUUGGCCAUGCAAAUAAAAACCGUUUUGACUCAUGUUUUGAGGGUGGAUGUUGUGAAUGACUGGCUCUAUCUACAGGAUGUUUUACUACUGCUUAUUAUGUUGAUUUUAAAAAUUAAUAAUGCUGUGUAAUUUUUAUAUGCAAUGAAUCCCUCACUUGAUUUUAUUUUUGCAAAGAACACAUUAUUUGCAAAGUUGUUGAAUAAUAGGGAUUUUUAAGGCAAUUGUGGGUGAAGCUUAAUAAUUUUCUUUCUUCCCGUUUACAGUUUCUGCUUCAUUUAAUAGGACAGUGGCAGCUAUACAGAAACCGAAGUUCUCAAUCUGCUGUGUUCUAGUGCAUGGUUUAGAGAACUACUUUUAAGAUCUUUUGCAGUUUACUACCAUUUUUCAGUAGCCCCGUGUCCCCAAAAGCAACUUUUCCUUUCCCUUGUCUUAAUUUGAAAGUCACUAGAAAAAGCCUAUUUGUCAAAACGUUUUUCAGGAGAGCAAAAUUGUCUCUGUUAAGGACACUGCCAACACUGGUCUUGGAUUCGGCAGGUUAGUAUGUGUGCUAGAAUUGUUGUAGAAAUAGGUAUCGGACCUUGUUGGGGUGAAGUUUAAUUGAAAGGGUCCAACUGAAUUGGAAACAGUAACUUACGCUUCAAAAGAUGCUUUUGGGCUUAUGCUGCGGCACAAAGCAUCCACCUGCAGUUUUGUUACUUUUUCAGCUCUAUUUUAAGAGCUGUUUCUAUUUGAGUGCUUAGCAAACUGCAUAUACUGGGUUGGAUCCACACUUUGCUCCCAUCAGUAGAAACCUCUCCUGAAUGGGGUUUUGCCCAGAGGAUGCUACUGUUGGUGAAUUUCCUUCUCCUCCAGUAUCACAUUCCACACUGUUCCAGAGAAUUAUGAGACCCUUUAGAAGAGUGGGAGAUGAUGCUAGAGGCUGCAGGAAGAGGAGGCAAUCUGCACCAGUCCACUGUUCUCAGUUGUCCUACUGUUCCUAGGAGCUACUGAAGCGAAUGUGUAACUGUAAUAGUACUAUUUCAGAUUUACAAAAUUAAUUGUAUAGCACAGGUAUGUUAAGAUUGUGUUCUGAGGUCAGUUAAUUGACAAGAUUCAGUGAUAAUUUUAAUCUUUCCAUUAUGUUCAGUUUAGAAAGUCAGCUGCUUACAGAGAGAGAGAGAGAGGAAGGAAGGAGACAAAGCAUUUUUGAGUUCUUGAGUUUUCUAUUGAAGUAUCCCUCUCAUCUGUAAUUGUAUCAUGUUUUUCAAAAGGGUUUUUAUUUGUGUGGCUCUAUGUACACUGACACUUCUGUCUCUGGAAAACAAUUAAGAAUUAAGCAUGUGCUGUCUGAUACUAGCAUUCCAAAUCAUCACAGAUUGUUUCCUGUUUUCAGAUAUUUGAAGCUGCACUGAGAAUUACAUUUGUUUGUUAUUUUUUUGUAAAUGACUUACACUUGUAAAGUCACCAAAUAAAUAUUACAUUCAAAUAUCUCUUA